AUGUUCACCAAGGCCGUUUUCACCAGCGCUCUCCUCUCCGCCGUCUCGGCUCACCAGAACCUUCACCAGCUCUGGGUCAACGAUGUCACCCCCGGUUACCAGGUCGGCAUCCGGAUGCCACCUUCCAACAGCCCCGUCACCGACGUAACCAGCGACGACAUUGUUUGCAACGUUGGCGGCUCCAAGGUCCCCUCCGGUGUCGAGACCGUUGCUGCCGCUGAGGGUGACACAAUCAAGGUCCAAUGGGACCAGUCCGGCCACCCAGGUCCUAUCACCCACAUGCUCUACGGACCCGUCGACGAUGCUGCCCAGGCUACCGGUAUCGGUGCCGGAUGGUUCAAGAUUGACGAGCUCGACCAAGUCGGCGGCAAGUGGGCCAACGAGAUCAUGGGGGAGAACAACAUGACCCACGAGUUUGCUCUUCCUACCGGUCUUGCUAGCGGUGAGUACCUCCUCCGUUCGGAGAUGCUGGCUCUCCACAGCGCCCAGACCGUCGGCGGUGCUCAGUUCUACAUUGGCUGCAUGCAGCUCAAGAUCACUGGUACCGGCAGCGAGGGCUCAUGCACACCUACCAUUGAGCUCCCCGGCGCCUACAAGGCUGAGGAUAAGAACAUCUACAUCCCCGACAUCUACAACGGCUUCGACGCGACCACCUACAAGGCUCCUGGUGGCGCCGUUGCUUCCUGCGGUGGUGCCGGUGGUGCUAAGCCAUCUGCUCCUGCUGCUAACUCGACCGUCCCUGUCUCUUCUCCCGCCGCCGCCGCCUCUUCUCCCGCCGCCGCCGCCUCUUCUCCCGCCGCCUCUUCUGUCGUCGUUGCCGAGACCAGCGCCGCCGCUCUCCCUACCCUCGCUCCUGCCCGCCCCUCGAUGAACGCUACCAUCCCCAGCGCUGCCCCCGAGGCCCCCACCACCUUCGCUACUCUCGUCAAGCCUUCUGCCGGUAUCGCUGCCCCCACCGGCGCUGUUCCCUCCGGAACUGCUGGUGCUGCUAAGCUUUGGUACCAGUGCGGUGGCCAGGGAUGGACUGGCCCGACUGCCUGCGAGGGCACUGCCAAGUGCGUCAAGCAGAACGACUUCUACUCCCAGUGCCUCGCCUAA